CUUGUUCACGUGACCGGAAGCAAAACAAAUCAGGAGUCUCCCAAGUCGUAUCUUGAGUCCAAAUGUAGUUUUACGGCGUCGAAAUAGUUUGUUCACUGCGAACAACGAUAAAACACGACGUCGCUUAUCAUCGGUCUGCAGACAAACUUUUCACCCGCUCGGAGACGUACUACGACGCGUUGACAGAGCUGUUUUUCGGGGUUUCUCUUGUUAAAUUAUUGGAAGUGGCGUGAAACCUUUCUGAGCAGCAGCCAUGUUUAAAGCGGUUGGACAGGCUUUUUUCUCCUACGGGUUACAGUACCCAAAGUUUACAGGGCCCGAACUGCAGCCCAAGGACUACGAGGUGCGCACCUAUCAGGCGGCCAAGUGGGUGAGCACCACCCUGAGCGGGACGAGUCUGGAUGAAAGCAAGGGAGUCGGAUUCCGCAGGCUCUUCAAUUACAUUCAAGGCAACAACUACCAAAAGGUCAAAGUGGAGAUGACAGCCCCUGUGACGUGCCGCGUGGACCCUGGCGCCGGCCCCGCCUGUGAGUCCCACUUCACUGUGUCCUUCUUCAUCCCCGAGGAGCACCGUGACGCACCGCCGCAGCCCAGCGACCCCGACGUCUUCCUGGAGAACCGGGACGAGUUCACCGCCUAUGUCAGAAGCUAUGGCGGCUUUUCCAACGAGACAUUGGAGCGCGAUGAGCUGCUAAAGCUGAAGGAGAGCCUGCGGCGGGACGGUGUCCAUUUUGCGGAGCGGCCAUACUACGUGGCAGGAUACGACAGCCCUUUCAAGUUAGUCAACCGCAGGAACGAGGUGUGGCUCCUCAAGCAAAACGAACAGAGUUAGUCCAGUAGACAUGUUCAAUCAGAUCAAUGCCCGGACGUUUUUAUUUGGCUUUACAGUGCAGUAGGAAUGGGUUGCAACUCACUUGCUUCGCCUAUCGAGGGCAGCAUUGCUAAACAGAUGAAGUGCCUUCUCGUUUGUAGAAAACCUUUUGAGCAUAUUAAGAAAAUAUCGAUACCAGCGGGCCCUUAGUCUUCACUAGGUGCGGGAUAUCGAAUGAAUGUCCAAACAGAGUUCUCAACAAACCUGCCAAAACUUUUAAUAAAUACAUAUAAUAAUACUAUAUAAUUAUGCAGAUUUAAAAAAAAAAAGAUAUAUUUUUUUUAAUGCAGCCUGCUGACGUUUUUAGACAACACACCUUAGAGGUGUUGCUUUUCAGAACGUGUCAUGAUGAUUUUAGCUAAUAUUGUCAACAAUUAAAAAACUCUUGAUUAACUGAUGAUUUACGUUUUUUUGGUAUUUUAUAAAUGUAUUGUCAACAUGUCUCGGUGAACAUUACAAUAAAAUUGACUAAAAUUG